AUGUUAGACUCAAUGACACACUCAAAUUUGAGUCCCAUUUUCAUCUUCCUCCUCCUUCUUGUUUCUUACCAUCAUCACUACGUUACUGCAGAAGUUCAGCCGGCGAAACAACCACCCUGUCCUUACGGAUCUCCAACAGCAUUAUGGGAUGUACCGCCGUUUGGUGUAAUUGUUGGAGCCGCCAUUGCAACACUUCUCUUAAUUUUCAUCUUCUUCUUGUUCCUUGGCCGCUACAUAUUGUUGGAGUCAUCAAAAUAUGGAGUUGGCAUUGGUAUAAAUCCACAACUACUCAAAACUUUCCCAAUUGUAUUGUACUCUUCCAUCACCAAACAUGUUAAGGAAGGUGAUGAAGGUCCUCUACCAUGUACUGUGUGUCUCACUGACUUCGAUCAUAAUGACACCAUUCGUGUGUUACCUCAAUGUAACCAUUUCUUUCAUCCUCCAUGUAUUGAUGCUUGGCUUUCUACCCAUGCCACUUGUCCUGUUUGUCGUACCAACCUCAACGGCGACCGUGGUAUCGAAUCGGUGUGA